AUUUCUCGCGUCGCGUUGUCAGCCAUGCUCAACUAGCUUGUAUAUUUUGUGGAGGUUACUACGUGGUUCCUGUUAGUACAUGUUUUGAUACCUUAAUGCCAUUGACGUGUGUUAUUUCAGCAAAAUAUGUGGUGUGUAUAACCUAAAAAAACGGUGUUCGCUUAGACCUUAAAGAAGAAGUCUAUUCAGGGUUAACUGUCGACGUGUAAAAUGGCGUGGUUCGGUGACGGAUUGCCUAGCUUGUCGAAUUUAAAGGGACAGCUGACAAGUUUCACCAAGGAAGUAUUAUCAGACGGAAUAGUAGAAGAAAUAGACGAACGAUCGAAAGCGUUGAAAGAAGCGAAUCAAAAGUGCGUCGAAUUGCAAGAAAUACUGAAUUCGAAGGAUGCUGAAAUUUCGUUGCUACGUCGGCAGAACUGCGAGCUCCAGAAAACCGUCGUCGAAUUGAACGCAAAACCAAAGGAUUCGAACGAUAUCAGCCAAGAUGAGGACAGCGAAGUAUUUUUUUGGGACCCAUUGGCCACCAAAAGUCGAAACUCGAAGAAUCAGAACCAAGCUAGGCAUUUGCAGGAACAGUUGGCACAAGCCUCCGUGAGGAUACACGAUUUGGAAGCGGAAUUAAAACGCGUUCAAAAGGUUAAUAAUCCGUUGAAAGAGGAACUGACCGAUGGUCACCAAAAAGCGGAAUUCGUGAGAGCCAAGCAGGAUAUGGUGAAUCGCAUAAUACAGCUGGAGGAAAAGAGUCGGGAAACGGAGAGGAGCACGAAACGCGUGCAAUCGGAUGAAACGGCGUUGAUCAACGAUUUCCGUACUGUGUUGUCGAAAUUGAACUCCCUGGAGAAGUUGGAUUUAGUCCGGACCGCGUUGAAGGCGCUGGAAAGCGAGAACGAGAAGCAGAGCGAGGCCAAUAAACAAGAAAAAUCGGACUUCGACGAGAAGUUCAAGGGUCCUGACAGCGAAUCCGUACCGUUAAAAUCCAAUUUCGAGGUGAACUCGGAGCAUCAUAAACGGCACGAUGGAUUUAUCGAGGCUUCGAGCAACAGGGAGUCAGAGUUAUACAAAAAGAUCGAGGAGCUCCAGGAGGAGAACAAAAGACUGUUCGCCAGUGUUGAGGAGUUGGACCAGCAGCAUGAAGAAUCGAUAGAGAAGCUGCUGUCCCUGAAGGAGGAGGUCGAGAAGAAGCACCAGUCCCUUCAAAACGCUUACGAGCAGCUUUACGUGGACUACAAUCAGGCUCAGGACAAGGUUACCCAGUUGGAGGAUAGGCUGAAGGACUCAACGAUCCGUACACCGAUCGAAACUGUGUCCCGUUCGAUACAAAUAAGCCAGCUGGACAGUGCGGAUAAAUCUGUCCAGACGAAUGAUCUGCAAACAACGGAGGACAAUGAGAAUAGCAUCGCCGAGUUAACUGAGAGGAUCAAGGAUAUCUUGAGGAGUACCGUAGUCGAAACAGAGCCUAAUGAGUCUAUAUUCGAGGCUGUCGCUAAACAGUACGUGGACACGAAAUGGAAGAAGGAGCUCUUAGAGAAGAAGGUAACCGAGCUCAGCCGAGACCUGGAAGAGGCUGUGGACAUGAAGGACAAUUUGCAAGUAGAAUGCGACGUGAUGCAAUCGCACAUCGAUUCCUUGUUGUUAGAGGUUCAGGACCUAAAAUUGAAUUUACCGUCCAUACCGGAGGCUAGCGAGGAACGGGUCGCCUCUCUAGAAUCGGAAACAGAAUCGUUGCACGAAGAGGUGAAGCGUUUACAAUCCGAGAACUCAUCGUUGAAGAAGGAGAACGCGAUGUUGCGAGAAGGUUGCGUGAACGAAAACCGAACGGAGAGUCAAGGACAAACGGCGUCCCGAAGAAAGCCGACGAGGUUAGAGGAUAUUCCGGAGGACAUCGAGGAAACGGAUAGCGCGGUGGAGAACCUGAAUCGCAGACUGCACGCGACCUUGGACGAGAACGACGAGCUGCGGAGGAAGGUCGAUUUGCUGGAGAACGCGGAGAAGGAGACGCAGGAACAGCUGAGGAUGUCGUUGGAGAGGUGCAAGGGCUUGGACGAGAACAUCGAGUUCAUCGAGGAGUUGAAGCUCGAUUUGGAGAACGUCAGACGGGAAUUGAAGACCUCCACCUCUAACGCGAAACAGCUGGAGAACAGUUUGACUCUCCUGCGAGACGCGAAGAGAGAGAUCGAGGGAGAGAACGAGGAGCUGUCCCGAAAGAACGAACAGCUGGAGACGGAGAUCGCGAAAUGGCGGGAGGUUAACUCUGGAACGAACGACGACGUGAUGGAGAACCUCCGGGAACAGCUUGACAGAGUCACUCGCGAGAAGGAUGAUUUGGAAUACGAUAUCUUGAACAUGAGGGCAGAACUGGACGAAGCGUUCGCUCAGAUAGACUUGAAGGAAAGUCACAUAACGAGGCUGAGUCAGGAGAACGAGAACCUGAUGAAGGAGAAAGGCUCCCUGCUAGAGCAGCUGUCUGCCAUUCAGGACGAGUCCAACGAUAAGAUUGAUCUGGUGAACACCGAGAAGUCUCUGCUGGAACAGGAGCGGGUCGAGCUGAAGGAGCAGGUAGAAACUAACGAAGGAGAGCUGAACGAAGUUAGAGAACGAUUGCGCGAAACGGAGGAGAGAUACGCGAAAUUGGAGAAUGAACUUUUGUCGAUGAACGAGAGGGCCGAGCAGCUGCAACUGGAGAACGAGAAUCUUCAGAACGAGAUGAAGAAACGCGAAGAAGUUUCGAAAUUAACGGAGAAACUGAGCUCCAUGCAAAACGAUUACGCUCAUCUGGCUAACGAGGUGGAAACCCUGCGUUUGAGGGAGAGAGAAUUGACAGCUUUGCAGGAACGUUUCGCAAGACUCACGGAGGAGAACGAUGCCUUGAAGAGCCAACGCGAAGAGAUUCAAGAUAAUUGCAGAAGGUUAGAGCACGAGGUGGCGUGUCUGCAGGCGGAGAAGAAGGAACUGUUGCAUCGCGUGAACGAGAACACCUACGACAACGAGAAGCAACAAGUCGUAGCGCUGUUAGAGGAGAGAACGCGGGAGAACGAGACCCUGAAGACCAGCAACGAACAACUGAUGGCCGAGGCGAUCGAAUCGCAAAAGAAGUUACAGAAGAGCAUCGAGAGCAACAAAGAAUCCGCCGAUAUGGCCAAAGAAACCAUAGAAAGUCUGUCCCACCUGAUCAGCAAGAAAGAUGAAGAAAUUAAUAACCUGAAACAGUCGCUCGAGCUCGCCAAGAAUAAUCCGGAACUGUCGAACGAAUUUCAGACCGUGAAGAACGAAAGAGAUGAACUGGUGAAACUGGUGACCAUUAAACACAACGAAAGCUUGCAAUACCACGGAGAAAUUCAGAAGAUGACGCACAUGUUGAACGAGCAAACGUUACAGCUUCGAAACCUGAUGUCCGAAAAGGACGCGAGUUUAUCCGAGUUGAAGGAGAAGGAAGCGGAGCUUUCGUGGAUGAGGAACGAGUUGCAUGGACUUCAGGAACGUGUGAGUCAAUCUAGCCAGAAAGCAUGUGCGGAAAAUUCGACGCAAACUUCGGCGGAGAUCGCACUUCUGGAUGAAAAGUGCAACGCACUGGAGGCAGCCUUGAUCCAGGAACAAUCCAACAACAGAAUGUUGCAGAAUCAACUGAACGAGAGUGAAAGCAAAGAAGCGAACGCGGCGAAAGAGUUGGAGAGGCUUAGGACGCAUCUGGUCGAGAUGCAAUCGAGUUACACCGAAGAAGCCUUGUUAGCUGAAGAGACUCGUAAAGAACUGGAGGCGAAACUGCAGCAAGCUGAAGAGAAGGUGAAGAGUAGCUCCACUGCCUACACGUCCGCUAACAUCAGAGCUAAUCAACAGGUGGAAACGUUGCAACAACAGAUGGCAUUGAUUGUUCAACAGAGGGACGAUAUACAGAAAAAGUUGUCUGUUGCUGAGGAUAAAAUCUUGUCUCAAACUGCUUCUCUGACCAAUCUACAAAUUGUCCUGGAACAGUUUCAGCGAGAUAAGGAAAAGGAUGUCGUGGCAGCCACAGAGAGGAUACAAUUGAAGUUGAAGGAAUCUCAUAGGAAACAAGAAGAGUUAGCCAAUGAAGUUACCAAUCUCAAGGAACAAUUAGCCGAAGCUAAAGAAUGCUUGCAAGCAGCGUCCAGAUUAAGCGAACAACUCGAUAAAAAAACAGAACGUAUCGAACAACUGAGCCAAGAAGUUGACCGGUUAUCGAAUCUUGUAAACACUGCCGAUCAUAGGAUAGAAGAAGCAAAACAAAAUGGAGAGGGAAAAGUUGACAAAACCCUCGUUAAAAACUUAUUAUUGGGUUACCUAUCAUCGUCGGCAGCAGAUAAGUCCGCGGUGCUCCGAGUAUUUUCUACAGUUUUGGACUUCAAUGAAACGGAGAAGGAUAAAGCCGGUUUGAAUAACGCCGUAGCUCAAAAUAGUUGGUUCUCUCGUUUAAGUGGUGGCUCUUCCGUUCCCAACAAGGAUCAUGAGACAUCCUUGUCAGCUGCAUUUGUGAGAUUUCUAGAAAGUGAAUCAAAGCCUAAACCACAGUUACCUGCCUUACCGAUUCAAACAUCGGCUUUACCACGACCCGGCCACAGUAGACAACAUUCUACAUCGUCAACGCAGUCUACGUUAUUGCUUUCGAACGUGAAUCUGCCAACAUUCCCAGACUUCGUUCCAGCCAGAAAUACAGGAUCAAUUCUGAAAGAAGUGUUGAAGGAUAGCUGAUAUUAAAGCUUCCAGGAUACCCUGUUUUAUACGCUUUAAGACUGUAGUGGAAAGCAAUCCUUAAAGAAUUGAAUUUAAAAGGGGUAUACAGUGAUUAAACUAAGAUCGUUUUUACAGAAGAAAAAAAAGUUUAUUCAGUUUCAGUUUCAGUUAUGCAAAUAAAUUUAUGACUAAGCAUUAACGAAUCAUUUUGUCUAAAAUCGUACAACGAACGAGAUAGUAUAUUUACAGUAUUAAAUCUAUUUACGUAUAUUUUGUGAUACGUGCUGAAAUUAUCGGAACAUAUUUUUCUGCGUGCUCGUCAGAGUGCUAUUACACGUUACUCUUAAUCUAAUUUGAAUGUAUUGUUACUAUGCCUUGAUUGAACCAACUCAUUUUCUUAAGUUUUACAACAAUUGUGUAUAUAAGAGUACGCGCGCUAGGAAUAAGUACGACGUGGUGGGCUAGCAAUAAAUAUGUAACAAAUUUAUGUUAAAUAUACUAUAUUAUAAUGCUUCUAAUUA